AAAUGAAUCCCUUUUCGUAUAAGAACUUCGCACCCCUUCCUUGCUUUUUAUAUAUAUUUUAUAAAUCAUGAAUCUUACAGCGCGUUCUACUCGAUUCCUUAGUCGUUUCCCUCUUAGGUCUUAUUCGAUUGCUUCUUCCCUCAGACAGGACACAACCGAGUCCAUCAUUGCACCAGAUCAUGUCUUUUCUGGUUAUUAUAAUACUGGCACAUCUUUACCUCUGAAUGUUCGUCAGAGAUUAUCCAUACGAGGCCAAUCUCCUGCUGUCGUCGAAACUACCGAGCAGCAGGCUGAACGAGCUCUUCGAGCCAUCAGGAGCAAGCCAACACGUUUGGAUAAGUACAUGUUUAUGGCUCAACUUCGUCAAAAUCACACGAGAUUAUUCUAUAAACUCGUCACAGAUCAUAUCGAGGAAUUUGCUCCCAUCAUUUAUACCCCAACCGUAGGUGAAGCAUGUCAGAGGUUUUCCGAUCUUUACCCUUUUAUUCACACGCCAGGUACACCUGAUGGAUUGUACAUCACCCUUGAUGAUCUUUCUCAUUUGGAAGAGAUUAUGGCCGAUUACAAGAAAAGAUCAGGCGAGGCACCGGAUAUCUCCGUGAUCACCGAUGGUUCCCGUAUUUUAGGCUUGGGAGAUCUUGGCGUGAACGGGAUGCCUAUCAGUCUGGGCAAGCUUCAGCUCUACGUGGCGGGUGCAGGUAUCGAUCCACGCAAGACGCUGCCGAUAGUGCUUGACUUUGGUACAAACAACACAUCGCUUCUGAAUGAUCCUUUAUAUCUUGGCAAGCGUACACAGAGGCCUGAUGAUGCUACAUUCUACGCUGCUGUCGAACAAGUUCUUGAUGCUCUUUGUCGUACAUUCCCUGAGAUCUUGGUUCAAUUUGAAGAUUUUUCAAGCGAUCAUGCAUUUGGACUUCUCGAACGUCAUCGACAACGUAGGCUCUGUUUCAAUGAUGACAUUCAAGGAACCGGCGCUGUCAUUCUCUCUGGUCUUAUCAAUGCUUUCCGUCAGACGACGACUCGGGAUCAUCGUAUCCUAUUUUAUGGCGCUGGAUCAGCCGCAAUUGGUGUCGCACGACAGAUCCAGGACUACUUCCAGACAGUACACGGCAUGACGGAAGAAGAAGCUAAAAAAAUCUUUUACGUUUGCGAUUCAAAGGGACUCGUCACAGCUGACCGGUCUAAUCUGGCUCCACACAAGGUCUACUAUGCCCGACAAGACUAUCGCUCGAUUCGCUCGAUAGACGAAAUCAUCGACACAAUACGACCCACAGCACUCAUUGGUCUCUCUUCUUCCCCGGGCGCCUUCACUCCUCAAGUCCUCUUACGCAUGGGUCAAAUAAACGAUAAGCCCAUCAUAUUUCCUUUAUCCAACCCAGCUACCAAAGCAGAGUGUACCUUUGAAGAUGCCAUGAAAGCCACAGACAAAGUCCUCUUUGCGUCAGGUACAGCGUUUCCACCCUAUGGAGGACGUGUGCCAGGUCAAGGUAACAACAUGUACAUCUUUCCUGGUCUUGGUUUAGGCGCUAUCCUUUCUCGCCCGACCUAUAUCACCGAUCGCAUCAUGCUUCGUGCCUCUGUGGCUCUAGCUGAUUCACUCACAGAAAAAGAACGUAGCCAAGGACAUCUCUAUCCUGACUUGCGCCGGAUCAGAGAAGUGUCGGCUACUGUUGCCGCGGCUGUCUGUGACCAGGCUGUGAAAGAUAACGUGGCAACUCACCCUCGGUUGAAAUCAAUCAAGGAUUACUUAGGCUAUACCAAGGCCAACAUGUGGCACUAUUAAUUCAAUGAAUCCCUCCCACUUUCGUUAUAACAAAGCCAAGAUCAAUUCAUUCUAUCUUAUGUUCAUGUUUAUUUAUUAUUAUUACUACUACUACUUUGCCAAUGAAUGUAUUGAACUAUAUAAAUAUGUAAAGU